CUCAUGCGAGUUGUUGUUGAUUUGCAUUCAUAUUCCCUCCUCUAAUUAAUUUUGUGUUUAUAUACAUCAAUGUUGCACGCACAACAGUAGCAUGCAGCUCCCUCCAUGUCCAUGUGCAGCGACGGACCAUGGCUUCGUCCUGUUCCUGCAUCUUUUCUGUUUCUCUGCUCUUGCUGUUGGUGCAGAGCGUCAGUCCUGCAAGAGAUCAAUCAGUUUAUAAUACUCUCAGUUCGAAUAAUGUGUCCGGCGAGGUUAAGAGGCGUGCGUAUAGAUGGCAUGAAUUUAGGAGAUUUAGGAAUGCGAGCAGAGGCAGCUUCAUCCAUGGAAUUUCGGAAUUAAAGAAGUAUUUCACAAGGUUUGGGUAUUUGGAGAAUGGGAAUUUUACCGACGUGUUCGAUUCCGAGCUGGAGAAAGCGAUUCGAACUUAUCAGCGGAAAUUGGGGAUUCCGGUCAACGGACGCCUCGAUUUGCGGACUAUUACGACGGUGAUGUCGCCGAGGUGCGGAAUCGCGGAUAUUACAGGGAGAAUCCGACCGACGGAAAGUUAUGUGUACUUCGCCGGGAAGCCGCGGUGGGGUCGCAGCGCGCCGAUGACGCUAACGUACGCUCUCUCGCCAAAAAACUCGAUCGAUUCCCCGAGCAGGGCGGACCUACGCGCCGCUUUCGAGCGUGCGUUCGCGCGCUGGGCAUCGGUCACGCCGAUCACGUUCCUGGAAGCCAGCGACUACGGAUUCGCCGACAUUAAGAUCGGGUUUUAUGUCGGCGACCAUGGCGACGGCGAGGCGUUCGACGGAGUGCUCGGCGUGCUGGCGCACGCUUUCUCGCCGGAGAGCGGCCGGUUCCACCUCGACGCGGCGGAGACUUGGGCGGUGGACUUGGAAGCGGAGAAGUCGGAGGCGGCAGUAGACCUGGAGUCGGUGGCGACGCACGAGAUCGGACACCUCUUGGGACUGGCGCACAGCCAAGUGAAGGAGGCUGUUAUGUACCCAAACCUCCGGCCGCGGCAGAAGAAGGCGGAGCUGACGGUCGACGACAUACGCGGCGUGCAGGCGCUGUACGGAUCGAACCCUAAUUUCAGCCUUCUAGGGUUUUCCCAAUCGGACAUUCAUUCCAACCACGCUGCCGGAGCCGGAGCCGGAGGACCAUUAUUUAUAAUUAGGGUUUUUUAUUUGGGGCUGGUGACUUUUCUGCACUCUCUUUUCAUUCAUGCAUCUACUUAAUUUAUUAAUUUUUUCUGUUGUCACGUGACUUAUUG